AUGUCUGGUCCCUAUGGCAAGGGCUCAAAGAAGGGAGCCUGGCAGGAGCCUUCGGCUGGAGAGAGCCAGCGUGGAGGAGGAAAGCAAGGGCAUGGUGGUGCAAGUGCCACUUGGAGGGCUCAGAUGAAAGGAUUGAAGGACUUCUUCUUUCCAGACAUAGACAUGCAGACCUACCUGAGGCAGCUGACAGGAUACUGCACCACGGUCUUUGGAAAGAGUGAGGAGCUGUUCUUCGAGAAGCUGACAGAGAUGAUGGGAGAGGCCAUCUUGCUCCAGAUGGCAUCCCAAAUGCAGAAUGCUUCUGGUGCUGCAGCACCUUGGGCUGAGGAGAAGGAGAAGGGCCAGGAGAAGGGCCAGGAGAAGGGCCAGGAGAAGGGCAAGGAGAAGGGCAAGGAGAAGGUGAAGGAAGAAGAAGAAGAAGACACAGAAGAAGAAGCCAAUGCCACUGAGGCAGAGGAGAAGGGAAAGGGAAAAGGAGGAGGCAAGGAGGAGAUGGAGGAGGAGACCAGGGUGAAACUUCCCUUUGGGAGGCCCACAGACCUGGAAGACUGGGUGGGGGCACAGUCUCCAUUCUGGGUGAAAGUGGCUGAGAUGUUAGGACCUGGCUGCAACUCCUUCAGGGGCUACCAAAGGUCCAACGAUUUCAUCAGAAAUGUGAGGGAUGCAAAAGAAUACAACCUUUUGUGCGAAAUUGAGAAGGCCUACAGGUAG